CAUGGAAGACGUGCUCCGCCCGGGUAUGAAAAACAAAUAUGUGUAUCAAAACAUUGAAUCGGAAUAUUAUCGUAGAACAAUGCAGCGUUUGGCGCAAAAAGGAGGAUUAUUAACCGGAUUCUACAAGUUUUUUUUAGCUUUAAGACAUACAGCACGAUUAUCAACUGAUGUUUAUACAUUAUUAUUUUUAUGCGAUUUUAUAAACUUUUUUGUAUUACUUUUUGGAUUUCCAAAAUUUGUGUAUCGUUACAAAUAUAGCACCAGUGUAUUGGAGACCUAUAUUCAAGGAAAUAAAGUUCCCUUUAGCUUUUUACUAAUGUUAGUUGUCCAGUUUGUAACAAUUGUUACAGAACGCGCAAUAUAUCUUAGAAAAGCACUUGUAUAUAAAAUAUUUUUUCAUAUCAUCACUGUUGUCGGAAUACAUAUUUGGAUGUUCUUUUUAGUGCCGUAUGUGACGGCGAACAGUUUUGGAGAAACGGCUCCGGUUUUUUUCUAUUUAAUAAAAUGCCUUCAUAUGCUAUUAUCUGCAUACCAAAUAAGAUGUGGUUACCCAAAACGGAUUCUGGGAAAUGUAUUUACAAAAGGACAUUCAUUGAUAAAUUAUAUAGCAUUUAAAAUCUAUAUGGAAAUUCCGUUUUUAUACAUUCUUCGAACCAUGUUAGACUGGGUAUGCAUAGACACAACACUAACAGUAAUGGAAUGGAUAAAAAUGGAAGAUAUAUUUCAGUCGGUUUUUAUUGUUCGUUGCUAUAGACAAAUGGAUACUGAUUUCCCAGUUCUGCGCGGAGAACCCAAAGCUUUGUAUGCCAAACUUUUGAUUGGUGGCACAAUAAUAUUAGUUCUCAUAGCGCUAAUUUGGAGUCCAUUGUUUCUAUUUGCUCUUGUCGGAACGGUGGGUAAACCCAAUAUACCACGCAAGGCUGACAUCACAGUGAAAAUUAGUCAUUACGAACCCAUAUUCUUAUCCCAAAGCUAUGCUGGCAUAUACCAAUUUUCAGAUACAGACCUUCAAGACUUAACUAGCCGUAUUAUUUUGGAUAAUUUUGCAUCGGAUCAUAUGAUGGUGUACGACGCUGUUGACAUUACCGCUGUUAAAUUCUAUGCAAACUCCAUAACUCUGUGGAAUAUGUCGCCACCUGAUAAACUACGUCUAUUAGAUGAUUUGAAAACUGGUAUGUCAAUGGAAAUUCGUUUUACUCUUGCACUGAAGUGUAAUCUGACACCAGAAGCUAUUAUUUAUGAAACGGCUUAUACACUUACAAAAAAAAAAGUUAAUACCAGGGAAAAGCUAAUAAGAAUUAUGUCUGCAAAAAUAAGCAAUGAGCAAGUGGUUAUACCAAACAUUUUGCCAAAAUUUGUUACUGUUCAAAAGCAACAAGCGAAUGCUCAAUUUAUAAAAGACUACGAUGGUCCUGGUGCGACUAGCCGGGAAGUACGUUCGUUAGAUCGGCUGGUGUCUCGAAAGGGUUAUGCUUUAAAAGCACAGAAGAUCAGAGUCCCAGAACGGCAGCUGACCAAAUCCGGUGAGCCAAAGACCCUGAUGCGUUUGGUCCUGCAGGAGAACGCAAGGAGCAGAGCCAGGACAUCGUACCAGGGAGCAGAGCGAGGACAUCAAACUAGGGAGCAGAGCGAGGACAUCAAACUAGGGACCAGAGCGAGGACAUCGAUAAACUGCAAGUCUACGGCAAAAGUACGGAAGGGUGGGAGCGUUCGUCUAGAUCCUAGCGUUUGUCUCAGGGACUACGUUGGCGGCUUUCGGCGUACACCUGAACCGUCAGGACCAGCAUACAGACCGCUGCAGACAACGGAGGAACUUUUCGUGGUACUUAGCUUGGAGGAACUCACUAAGGCAAUAGAUAGCAUGAAAAAUGGGAAAGCACCAGGACCGGACAAUAUCCCGACUUAA